GAGGGGGCAAGAUGGCGGCGGUGGUGGAGGUGGAGGUUGGGGGUCCCCUGGACCACGAGGCAGAGGAGGUGGAUUUAUCCCACUUGGCUCCAGAAGAGCGAUGGAGGAUCGAGCACGCUCGGAUGCACGCCAAGCACCGCGGCCACGAGGCCAUGCACGCCGAGAUGGUCCUCAUCCUGAUCGCCACCCUGGUGGUUGCCCAGCUCCUCCUGGUGCAGUGGAAGCAGAGGCACCCGCGCUCCUACAACAUGGUCACCCUCUUCCAGAUGUGGGUUGUCCCCCUCUACUUCACAGUCAAGCUGCACUGGUGGCGGUUCCUGGUGAUCUGGGUCUUCUUUUCAGCCGUCACUGCCUUUGUCACCUUCAGAGCAACUCGAAAACCUCUUGUGCAGACAACCCCCAGGUUGGUUUAUAAGUGGUUUUUACUAAUAUACAAGAUCAGCUACGCCACGGGAAUUCUCGGGUACAUGGCUGUCAUGUUCACGUUGUUCGGACUUAAUUUAUUAUUCAGAAUCAAGCCAGAAGAUGGGAUGGAUUUUGGGAUCUCCCUCCUGUUCUACGGCCUCUAUUAUGGUGUACUAGAGCGGGACUUUGCUGAAAUGUGUGCUGACUACAUGGCGUCCACGAUAGGGUUUUACAGUGCCUCAGGGAUGCCAACGAAGCACCUCUCGGACAGUGUGUGCGCAGUGUGCGGCCAGCAGAUCUUUGUCGACGUCAACGAAGAAGGGAUCAUAGAGAAUACGUACAGGCUGUCCUGCAAUCACGUCUUUCACGAGUUCUGCAUCCGUGGCUGGUGCAUCGUGGGAAAGAAGCAGACCUGCCCCUACUGCAAAGAGAAGGUGGAUCUGAAGCGGAUGUUCAGCAACCCCUGGGAAAGGCCCCACGUCAUGUACGGGCAGCUCCUGGACUGGCUGCGGUACCUGGUGGCCUGGCAGCCGGUCAUCAUCGGCGUGGUGCAAGGCAUCAACUACAUCCUGGGGCUGGAGUAGCGCCCCGGCUUCCUCCCGCCUCUGCCAGCGUGGGCCCGGGGAGCUGCAUGGGCCCGGACAUUGUGGACACCCCAAGGAGGUGCAUUUUUAAUCGCUGACCUCUCAGGACCACGGCCUCUUGCCGGACGCCGCUCCGCGAGCGAAGACGGAAAGGGCCUGGCAGCAGGAAAGGGCCACCGGGCCAGCUUCAGCCGCCCGUGGGUUAGGAGGGAGGAGAGUUCUUUUUUUUUAGAAGAAAAAAAUUAUUAUUUUAAUGAGCGUA